UCAAAUAUAAAAUCCCCUCCAAACCCCCUCAAGAUCUACCAUCAUAUACCAUGCAAGAAGCAAUCCCUUAUAAAUCAUACACACCCGCCACCGGCAGCCGCCUCUCAUCGUUUCACAAUUUUUUCGGUGGUAUCGACGGUGAUGGGGGAGUUGUUAUCAACAAUACCGGAAAGGGUGUAACGGAAUUGGUGUCAGAGAAUUCGGUGAUAGUUUUUGGUAGACGUGGUUGUUGCAUGUGCCAUGUCGUGAAGAGAUUGCUAUUAGAGCUCGGGGUGAAUCCAACGGUCUACGAAGUCGUGGAAGAGAAGGAAGCGACUGUGCUAAAUGAACUAUCGAGAAUCGACGGUAUUCGAAGGGACGGAAGUAUCGAGCAGCUGCCGGCUGUUUUCGUCGGAGGGAAGUUGUUUGGUGGAUUGGAUAAGGUUAUAUCGACUCAUAUCUCCGGUGAAUUGGUGCCUAUUUUGAGAGACGCCGGGGCUUUAUGGCUCUGAUAUAUAUGAAUCUGUUUAAAAUUCAAAGUAACAUCAUUCUAAGUUUUCUUAUUGUCAU